UCAAAUUCUUUAAUAAUGGGGAUCCUUGCGUCUGUGUUCGGUCCUAAAGACCCAAGGACGCCCGUCAGAGAUCCACUGCUACGAGUAAAGAACGUAUUUGCUCGGCACUUCAAGGGAAUAAUUGGUGUUUUAAUUCCACUUGUUGCGUUAUCAUGGCAGCCUGAGAAAGGACAAAACGAUAUAACAGUGAUGUGUAUGUGGUUUAUGAUGUUCUGGUUUUUAAUGUGGCAGCCAGUAAGUGUACCCGUAGUGGGUCUGAUACCACUAUUCCUUUUACCCAUGUCUGGAGUGAUGUCUUCGCCUGAUGUUUGCAGUAGUUAUUUCAAUGAUAGUGUUUGCCUAUUCGUAUUGUCUGGUAUGGUUUUGCUUCUCCUGAAUAUUUCGGGUUUUGACAGGCGUUUCGCAUUAUGGCUGCUCUGUUCGGGUGAUAAUUGUCAGUUCUCUGGAAAGCGAAUCGUGUUCAAAUCGAGUGUUGCUGCAUUUGUGAUGUCCAUGUUUAGCAACCGACUGAUAGCAUGUUCUGCGAUAACGCAGUACUUGACACCGGCGUACGUUAAUUUGCAGUCCUACACCGCCCGGUACAGGGCUACGGAGCCAAACUAUGACACUAUGCGACAUAUAGUACUUAACGCAGUGCAAACAUCGUCGUCAAUAGGGAGCACAGCCAUUCUUCAUUCCUCAUAUACGAUUGUUGCUAUGCGUGCUAUGUUCUCUGAACAAGACAAGAAAUUAGUCUUUCCUGAUAUAUUCAACUAUUUGCAGUACACCGUGUUUGCUUUUCCAACUGCUUUUUUCAUGUUCAUAUUAAACGUUUGCUAUCACAUGCUACUAAUUAAUUGGCUGAUUGGCAAACCAAUGAGUGCGAGCAGUAUGACAGAAUUCCGUAAUUCAAUAUUAAAAAAUAAGAACAGCAUACCGAAGAGAGCUACACCCCAUGAAAAAAUGACGGUCUUAUUUGCCAUACUCUAUCUGAUCGCUGUUAUGUUCCGUUGGAGUAGAUGGACUGGAGCUUCGUGGGCCAAGAAUAAGACCCUUCCGAACAACGAGAAUCUACCGAUGGUAAAGGAUGCAUCAGUAGCUGCAGUUUUCUUAUUGCUUAUACACGUUAUUCCAAGAACAUGUGGAUGGAUGAAAAUACUACAAGCUGAAAAAAAAAGUGAAUGUGGUUCACUGAAACCCGAUUCCGCAUUAAUGUUCUGGCGAUUUGUUGACAAGAAUACAAACUAUGGAUAUAUUAUUCUGAUUGGAUCAGGUGUCGCUCUAGUCCGGGCCAUUAAAGCCGCAAAUGGUUAUCCGAAGUGUUUCAAUUUCUAUGAGAAGCUAAUGGAUUCUAAGACCAAUUGGAAUAAUCAGAUGGCAUUGAUUGCAGUUAUUGCCUCUAUAGGUCCCAAUAUAAUUUCUGGAGUCGGAUCGCUUAUUUCUUUUCUGCCGUUGGUUUUGAGCAUUAGAGGCGAGGGUGAAGACGCGGAAAGUCCUUGGAAACAGAACAGAUAUGCAGCAGUACUGGCUGCUGGAAUGGGAUCAUCUUUUGGAUUUAUGUUGCCGUUUUUAUACACACCAGCCUACUUUUGCCACUACACGGGAAAAGUACCGUUAAAAAAGAUGAUAUUGUAUUCCAUCGGUACACUGAUUAUAUGCGCAAUAGUCUUGUGGGUGGCGACAUGUUUUUGGGCACCUAUUGUGUGGCAGCCUACCGCAGACGGCUUCGAAGGAGUAGUUGUGGUUGAAGGCGGCGCAGAUGCAGGUGGAGGCGAUGCUGGUGGCGGUGGUGACGAAGGUGGCGGUGAUGAACCGGAACCUUAGUCUUACAACUUUUGUCCGGUUGUCUCGCAUUUGUGCCCGAUUGUCGACACUCGACUGUCAUAAUUUUAUUUAGUGUUAUUCGGAGAGUACUUUAUUUUUUUAGUUGUCAUAUACUCCGUAUAAGGCCCAGAACACACAGUGAAACGCAACUGCAACGAAACCCUUUUGAAAUUAUUGAUUUGAAACCAGUAUCAACCAUUUUUCACACACGCUGCAACCACAAUCAUUUCGGUUUAGUUGAGAACAGACGUCUGCAAAAUGAGUUCGAGUGACGAAGAAAUUGUGGUUAUGUAUUUGUAUCUUCGACAAAGAAGAAGGCGCAAAAGGAGAACUAUGUGGAUACAUCCCUACAUCGAGAAGAAUAUCAACUUUCUGCCCAUGCUUUAUCAGUCUCCGUCUUAGAGAGUAGCUUGAUAGUGUGGUAUUAUACAAGCAAGGAUACUUUUCCACUUUUAACACAAAUGUAAUGUUUUUUUGAUAGUCGUCAGCCAUUUUGUACAAAAGAAGCCAAAUCCGAUGAAUGAAACGCAACGCGAGUUUCCUGCACGACGGUUUCAAUGCGACUGAUUUGAAACGCGUUUCAAACCGGUUAGAAACUGGUCGCGUCAUGUGUGGUCUCUCAAAGGAAUCUAUGGCAGAAACAUUUAUGCAACUCAAAAGUAACUAGAAGUUGCAAUUUCGUUGCAGUUUCGUUUCACCGUGUGUUCUGGGCCUAAGAGUUACGUUGCAAACUCUGGAAAUUAUCAACAGGCAACAUACAUAAAAGUAGUGUCUAUAAUGUGUUAAUUUUUGUUAUGGCUUACCAUUUAAUAAUAAAUAGGUUGUGAUAAAGCUAAGUAUAAAGCAGAUUAUGGAUAAAUCAAAUCGGACGGUGCAAAUUCAUUUGAUACUGUAGAAAUAGAGAAUGUAAUGGGAAAUUUAUUCCAAACAAUAUUUGCUAUUAAAACUUUAAAAAUAGCUUAAUUUUCAAUUAUUAAAACUGUAGGCUUAUUUAUAUUGAAUAUACUUAUUUCUGCGAUGUAUCUUAUGAGUCAGGCGAAUAUUUGCCUUCAUUAUGACUUCAGGCUGCUUAAACUGCUUACUUAAUUUACUGCAACAUAUUAUGUAUCAAAACACUAAUUUAGGAAUAUAACAGUUUGUAAGGCUUUGUGCUAUUUGAUAUUGGUCUAAACUUUUAAUUGUAAUAAAGAUUAUAAGUAGAAAAUAUAAUUUUCAAUUAAUAAAAUUAUAAACCAUA